AUGUCUCAAAUAAUAAUAAACAAUAUGUAUGUAGCUAUAACUACUCAGCUAGCCAGAUCAUUCGUAUGGGGUUUUGAUAUGGAGGUUAAAUAUAUUUUAAGCGUGGGAGGCUGA